UCUUCAAACUAUUCGCUUCUGCUUUGUUGUGCGUUCUGCCAGGGUUCUGCUACAUAAUCACGUCGUUCUUGGGCAGCCGCAGAAAAUACCUAAAUCUGCAGCGAGCUUCAAGUACAUUUCCUGACAGGUGGACUCACUAAAGAUAUGAGUCCAAGUGAUCAUAGCACGACGCACUUCAACUCUCAUCAGAAAGAUAAAGUGUCCAAGAAGUUGCUUAGCUGUAUAAGCUAUGGAGCAUUCUAAAUCUCACAGUGUGGAUUACGAGCUCAUCCUAGGACAGGACGUUCGUGGACAUCACAGUGCCUUAUUGGUGCACCGUUUGUUACCCUGCUACUAAUGCUGGCAGUGACUAUCAUCACACUUAGUUUUCAUGCUUAGAUACUAAUUGGUCAAUAUGAGUGACCGGAAGCGUACUGUUAGCAAAGUCUCUUUAGGCAUGCUGAAAGGCAAACCAAUGUCUACAUCUGUUCCAACUUUUCGUUUCCAUGCUGGAGAGGAUGAAAUAGAGCAAAUUUAUCCAGAAAUAGAAGAAGAAGAAAACCUUGAGAAAGAGGAAUCUGUUCUAAAUGAUACUUUGACUGUGUCACCACCAGUUGCUCCACCACGUACUCCUAAGCAUGGACGUUCACCCUCUAAGCCUCACAGUGGAGUGGCAUCAUCUGGAGAUGUUUCACCUGUACAUACGAGCCUUAGCACGGGUAGUCUCAACAAGCGAUCAACCAGUAUGGAUGGAGUAGAUGCGCCAGCUUUGAUUUCAGGGCAUAACAGUGGCUGGGGUCUUUUCACCGACAUAAGAGGAAAAAUUGUCCGUACAGUUGAAGAGAUGAAAAGUGAGCGUCAGAGAAGUGAAGCACCGAAACUAAAUUCAUCGCAGAAGGAUAAUACAAGUUUUAGUGACUCAGAGGAAGCUUCAUCGUCAGAAUCCAAUCAAUUACCCAGCUAUAACUUGUCUACAUCAGAUUCAGUAUCACAACUUAGCGGAAUAUCAGGAAUGUCAAGUUUAUCCACCACUCCAACCACCCCUUCUACUGUACCUCUUAAUCAAAAGAGUAGUCAGUCAAGUGGAAAGUGGCAUUAUAAGUUUCUUGGUGACCGCCACAAUGAAGAAGAAAAGAUGAAGUCCUCUCGACCUACCACACCAGUGAAAAGCCCAGAUGAAAAAAAUACCACAAAGUCCAACCGUGCAGGCUCUGUUCCUUUGGUUCUUGAGAGCUCUCCUGUAUCUUCUCAAAAACGUUGUACGUCACUGCGAUCUCGUUUUCGACCAAAAAUGGCAGAACUUCGAAAUCGCAGAAAAAAAAUAAGUGUUGACUCCCGCUCAAAUUCAUCUUUAAGCAGCGCUCUUUACUCUGUUAAUGGAGACGAGACUGAUGAUGAUGUUGAGUCUGGUGUGGAAGCUCUUGAGGAGCCAUGGGAAGAUGCAAGUUGUAUUCCAAGGCCUCCAUCAACACCUUUGGGCGAUAGUCUUAGUAACAUUCAUGGAGGAAGAGGUCAGAACAGUGAUGGAACCUUGCAAUGUUUUCUUUUAGGCCACAAAUAUAUUAUUAUCCUCUCUUGCAUAUUGGGUAUCCAUUGGACUCUCUCUUUGCCAUCGGCUUUGGCUUAUAUUGUUGUAGGUAUUCUUUUAGUUCUUAGCUUUCAAGAAGAGAGACAUACACUCUUAGGUCCAAGUGCUGAAAUUGCUAGUAUGCAUAUGGGUAGCAAACCUUUUGAAAUACCUGACUAUAGUUCCCUGCCAACUCUGAAAGUACCAGCAGCAAAAGAAAUAUUACCCACAGACAGUUUUCAGGGUUGGAUGAAUGAGCUCAAUGGAGUUUAUGAUACAAAGUCAUACCAUAUAAGUAUGACUGAAUCAGUUCAUGUGAGAUUAGAUGGCUCUUGUCUCACACUGUCUCACACAAGAACCAAAGUUUCUAAACGUGCCAUGUGGAAUGAACAUCCUAUUCGUAACAUACAAUUUACUGAUGAACGCUUAUUUGAUCUGAAAGGAUGGCAGGUAAAACUUCUCCCAGAAGGUAUUACUCGAAGAAGACAAUGGAGUAAGAAGUAUCCCAUCUGUCUCAUUAAGUGCGAUGAAUGUGAGCCGUUCAACCCAGAUGACUUAAGUCUCAACGAUGAUAACCGUAGUGUUAAAACUUCUGAGAAAGACUCCACUCAUUCACGCUCUAAUCUUAGUCUUACUACAGCAAAAUAUGCUAAAAGUUCUACUUCGGCUGAAUCCUUAGAGUUUCUGUCUGGUGCAAGUGAAGAUAAAAAGAAGGCUCAGAAAAAUGAUAAUUUGGAUGAAAGUGAUAAACUUUCUGCAGAUGGUAUUAAAGUCUAUAAAGAUUAUUCUGAAAAAGAUGCAAGUGAUGUUGAUGAUGACUCGUUUUGUGUAAUAAAUACAGAGAUGGCAUCACAAACUUCCAUCUAUCUUUUUGCUCGAGCAGAUCGUGAAAAGGAGGAAUGGUAUAGAAAAUUUGCUGAAGCUGUUCGAGAAAAUGAAGUCCACUCUCUUCCACUUACACCUCUUAAAAAUAAUGCUCCCACACCUAUACUAGUAAUGGGUGUUCCAUCGUUCUCUCCAGAGGAGGCAGUCUCUACCAUGGGGGAGUACUUGCGGUACAUGCAGCAAUAUUAUCUAGAGCACAAAAUGUACCCACCUCGACCAAAGCAUAAUUCUUAUUUGAAGGAUGAUAAAAAAAGUAAGGAGAAGGAAAGGGACAAAGAUAAAGAUAAAGACAAAGACAAAGAAAAAGAAAAAGACAAGGAAAAAGAUAAGGAACAUGACAAGGAUCACAUAGAUUCUAUGAUUGAAGCAGAAGAACAGAAAGCUGUUUUAAAUGGUCUUCCCAUGUCAUGGUUAAAUUCUAUAAUUGGACGAAUUUGUUUUGAUCUCCUGCGAAGCCCUACUUGGCAAUGUCGUAUUCUACAGAGGCUACAAAAGAAACUUAGCACCUUAAAAUUACCAUAUUUUAUGGAAGCACUUACUAUCACAGAACUAGACUUGGGAAACACAGUACCAGUGUUUCACCGUGCUUCUCAGCCAUCCCUGGAUGUUCGUGGUUUGUGGGUUGAGUUAGAUAUGACAUAUCAGGGCAACUUCAGAAUGACAAUUGAAUCAAAACUCAAUCUUAUGAAACUAAAGCGUAGUACUCCUGACGACAUUUCUGUUGCUAUUCCUUCAGCCAGUAUUCCUCUACCCGAAGUGUAUCCAGCUUCUGUUCCAGAUAUGUUGACAAGCAAAUCUCCUGCUUUUGAUAGUGAUUUGGAUGACUCUGCUGAAUCGUCAUCUGAUGAUGAUACAAGUAGUAUUAAUACAGAGGAUGGAACUCAACGUCCAUCUACAAGUACCUCCAGUAAGAGAGCAGGAAAAAAACUGCUGCGUAUGGUGGAUAAAAUUGCUGCAUCAAAGUACUUCCAACAAGCAACUGAAAUGAAGUACAUUAAGAAGGCCAUGGAAGGUGUUUCAAAUACUCGUAUAAUGUUGUCAGUUGAGCUGAAGGGCCUAGUUGGAACGCUAGCUGUCAAUAUUCCUCCUCCACCAUCGGAUAGGCUCUGGUAUGGAUUUCAUGGCAACCCCAAGUUGUGGUUGUCUGCACACCCAACUCUUGGUGAACGUCAAGUUAAUUUUUAUCAUAUAUCAAAUUGGAUUGAGCAAAAGUUGUGUCAGGAAUUCCAGAAAGUAUUGGUGUUACCUAAUAUGGAUGAUAUUGUGAUACCAGUAAUGAAUCCCCACUUGCCUGUGUGAGUAAGACAUGUGGGGUAUCAUAGAAUGGUACUUUGAUCCAAGCCUGGAGCAUAUCACUACACUUGAUAGAUUUCUGCUUAUCAUACAAGUUAUUUACUGUAUGCUGUUUUAUUGAAGGAUUGUAUUUUAUCAUACAAAAACUUUUAUCUUUACUAUUGCCUUAGACCACUUUAAUGCUGCACAUCAGGAAUGGAAAAAAUUCUGAGUUUGAUGUAUGAGGUAAUUAUUUCAGUUUGUUCUAUUCACAUGUUGUGGGUAACUAAUGAGUGUCAAUGAUUGUUGUUAAAGUUUGAAUCCUUUUAGUGUCAAAAAUGGUAAGAUUUUAUCUACCCUAUUUCUUAUUUCGGAAACUGUACUUAAGGCAGAUAAUUUCUGUCUAGGCUUUUCUGGAAUCAUGUCUGUGAUGAUGUUCCAGUGAUCUAGCGAGGUGAUCAUGUGCAACUUGCCAAAAGUGAGCAGUUGUUUCACAUCCUGUGAUUUAUACCAAUGGUCGGUGUGAUCUAGCAAGUUAGCAUUGUUAAGUAUUAUCUGCUUUCUUUGUCGCCUUGCAUUUAAAAUUGGGUGCAGCUGUUUAAGCUCAAACGAAAUUAUUGCUCUCAUGUUCAGUGUUAUCAGUACAGUUCUCUUUCUUAAUGAUAAUCAUUUCUAAUAUUUUCUGUGAUAUUGUUUGAAAAUCUUAAACAGGUUCAUGAUCCCUGCAUGAUUUCUUGAGAAUUGGAGCUUAUCUUUUUUUUGUGUUUGUUGACUGUUGUGUUGUGUUUUUAAUCAUCGUAAUAUGUUACAUUUUAAAAAAUAUUUAUCUUGAUUGUGUGAACUAAUCUAAUGAUUACUGGUGUGCGUGCCAGUACAAAAAUGAAAGGUCUCAUAUGCCAAACUAGUUACUAUCAAUCAUAUUUCUGAUGACAGUUUACAAUUUCAACACAUGAUUGAAUAUUUCUUCCCUUAACCUAAUGGAUCCAUGUUAUCAUACAAUUUGAUUGUCUUCUAAACUAGUAUUUUUCUACUGAUCGUUACCAUUACCAGUCUUAGUUGAGUAUUUUUCCUCUCUUUGUAAUUUAAUGCCAGUAUUUUUUCAGGUUGAAUGGUAAUUUUUUUUUUAAGUUUUAGAUAUUUGAGUUUCAAUGAAUAAUUGACAUCUAUGAUAGGAAGGCUUCUUAAUUUUUCUUCAUUAGUUCUGAAGGAUGUUCUAGAUUUGGGUGCAUUUAUCUGUGAACAGAUUAGUAAACUGGAAUUGUCCUUUACCAUUUAAUCGGCUUUUUUUGUUGAUGUUUUCUUGGUUUGUUUAAAAGAAAACCUAGUGAAGUAGUUUUUUUCAUUUUUGAGGAUGAACAUGCAUACAGAACUGUGUAGUAGUUCUAUCCCCUAACUUAUUCUGUUUUCUGUAUUUGAUUUGUUUUCUUAUCUAGAAUCUUAGUAAACAUGUAAUGGUCUCACAUUGGUCAUUAAUGUCAUGUUAACUUCAAAUGACGAGGAUUUAGCUGAAAUGUUGACUAUUUUGUGAACAAUUCAGUCACAUGAUGUCCCUUCAACACUUUCACGAGUUUAGUGGGAUGUCCUCAUGUUUUGUUUUGCUAAUUUUAUUUUGGAACCAUUUUGUGAUUUAAGCUAACAUAGUUGGCGUCAAAAGUAGGCCACCUGCUGGCUCCAAAUAAAAUUGUAUCUUCCUCUCUGUCGUCCAUUUCUGUAAGGGUUUAAUUUUACAUUGAGCCCUAAAACUUGGAUGUUUAGUGGUAGUAAUUUUUAUUGAAACUAGGUCUUGCUUUUUAUGUAGAUGGUCUUGGCAUCCAAUUGAGCAGUAAAUUGCUCCUUACCUGUAAACCACAGUUUAAUUUUCUAAUAUUUUUAAAGCAAGCAGCAACUUGAUUGACCUUUUCUUUAAUUUUUCAUAAUUGGUUUUGUUUCAGCAUCUCUCCCAUUUCUGCCAAAAUUUGUGAGAAAUUCUGUCUGAAAGUAGAUGCUGUUGAAAGCACUUAUCAUAGUGACCUGCAAUUGUCAAUUGGCUGUUGGCUGACAUGCGCAAUAGUCAGUCAUUAGUCGAUCAACAGUUUCAUGUUAUGUUAAUAGUAGAAUUACAUUUUUAAUUGAUUCAAUUGUAAUGCUUAAAGAAAAAUGCUUAAAGUUAAAGUAACUAAAUUUUAUCUUGAUUGACUGCAACGCAAGAGCAUUGCCUCAAGUGGACAAAACACACAAGUUGCUGCUAAUCCAAUAGAGAUUUCUCUUCAUAUUGCGCACUUUGUUAUGAGUUUGGGUUUUAUGAGAAAUUUGACUGAAACUACUUCCCUGUUGCAUAAGUCUGUUUUAUCAAAUACUUUUAAAACUGUUAUCUCAAGUAAAUUCUUGUGAUAAUAGCUCCCCUUUUUCUGUGUUUGUGAUCAUUUUAAAAACUAUAAAAAAAUGCAAAAAAAGAAAAACGGCAAAAAUUGAAUUGGUUUGGAAGUACAGUACUGGAAUGGCCUUGUAAUAUAUGAGCAGCAUCCAUGGUUUAGGUAAAUCCCAUCAGGUUCAGUAUUUUUAUUGGUUAAAAGGUCUCCCCUGUGAAGGUGGCAUACUUUCUCGCUCUCUUCAAAAAAAAAUAAAAAAAAUAAGACUGUUUAUGCUUAGAAUUUGAUUUUAUGAAUUUCAGAUCUCUAUCAUAAAGACUAGAUAGAUAAAAAAGAUAAGAGACCAUGGGAUCAAGAUCAGUUGAGCCAGUUGUAUUCAUGCUGCCCACAGAUUACAAACCCCUAAAAAUAAUUUAUUAAACUUAAUGAUAUUGCUCCCCACUCCCAAUAGUCUGUGUUAUUGCACUACUACUGAAAGUGUCCUGAAGUAACUACAAUAUCUCUCUGAUGGGAGUGCUCUCCCAGAGCCUAACAAACUUUGGAAUAACAUUUAGAUGGGCUCCUGGAUGCUACACUUAGGUAUCAGCAGGUACAAAUUGAGCAUCACAUUAAAAGUACUUAAAAACUAAUGAAAGAAUAGGGAGGAAAACAGUAUAAUCUGAGAGCCACCUUCUUUAUAAUAAGUUUUUCUUACUAGUCAGUGCAACAUCCCAAUAUGUUCAUUAUCCCUCGUUCUUCCUAACUACCAUAUAAGUUAAACCUUCUUUAGAGGUAUGUUUAUAAAAGAGAUGCCUCGCUGUUCCACCCCAGCCACCUCAUGUAUUUGUUUACCACCUGUAAAGGUCAUGUGGGUUAUGUUUGCCUCUAUUUUGUGAUAUUUUGUUUUGUUUUUGGUUUAAUUUGAAAUUUUGAUGUUGUGUUUGUUGGACAACGGUGGCACCUUUGCCCAAUAAUAAAUAAAGAUAUUGUUUUGUGUGAA